GUUUGUCGAUGCGCGACGCACGACUUAAACGAGGCCGUCCGACUCGCACGCCGAACGCCGAGUCGCAGUGAUUGAUCGCACGAAGGAGGUGUCGCAUCGCUGCGGCACGCCGUGUAGCCCGAGCAGCUGUGCAUUCGCGUAGUCAUCACUCCAAAAUAAGACAGGGCUGCACGAUGCGCGUCGUCUGCGCGCUCCUCGCCAGCUCGCACGCCAUCCUAUUACGACGGCGGCCGGCAGCCGUCCCCGCACGCGCAGCAGCGGCACCCGACGCCGCGCCGGAGCCGUUGGUGCAUCAGCGCUCGAACUGCUUCGACGCGCGCUUCGAAAGGACGGACUCUCUACCGAGGAUGCACAUCGAGCUCCUCCCCUCGAAGAUCGACGAGGCCGACGGCCGCGCCAUGGCCGAGUUUAUGAGCAAUGUCCUCGACCGGAACGAAGAUUUCACGGCGUUCUUCGACCUGCGGCAGAUGAAGGUCGGCCUGCGGUCCAAAGCUUGUUUUUCCUAUGGCGUGGACUUCAUGGCCCAGGAACGGCAUGCAUCUAGAUUAGAUGCACGCGUGAAGGGCGUUUGUUUGUUGGUCAAGUCGCCCGUUUUGAGAACUACCGCAAGGUGGUUGGUCGCUCUUUGUGAUCCUCCCGCACCCGUGCAUUUAGUCAGGGACGAGAGUGCUGCGGCGGAGAUCGCGCGCUUGUUCGCUGCCGGUGAAGGGUCCAUCGAUGACUGUUCAUUGAUCGACGCCGACGAAUGUUUGUUAGACGACGUCGACGUCGAGGCCGUCGCGCGCGACAGUCCCAUUUAACGUACAAUGUUGUC